ACAGGCAGGGGGCAUCAGCCAUGGGUCUAUAUAAAUGUUUCCUCCCUUCUAUGCUGCUGCUGGGGAUGGUGAUCCCAGGUGCUGUGGAUGCUCAGGUGGUGAAUGGAGCUCUUGGGGGAUCUGUUUACUUUAAUGUGACUUUCAGAUUCCAACCACAUACAUUUAUAUGGAAUUUUAUCAUGGCUAAUGGUACCACGAUCACAGUAGCUACCCUGCCACCUUCUGGAACUAUACACUAUUUUGAUCAUUAUUUGGGAAGAUGUGAGAUGUAUAGGAAUGGAAGUCUGAGGCUGGAUAAUAUUACACACGCUGAUCAGGGGGAGUACUCAGUGAAUGCUCAAAAUGCCGACCUUACAGAUGGUAGUACACAACAGCUUCAGCUCUACAUCUACACUGCCCUCACUGAUCCAGUUCUCAUGUUGAAUGAAUCAGAUCUUAUUGCUGUCAGGAAUGUGACCCUCCACUGUGACGCUGGCAAUCAGAAUGUAUCUAGUUACACUUUCCAAAGAGACAUGGAAAACAUCUGCUCUGAGCCCCGUGUGACCUGCAUGGGGCCAUUCCUGAACUUCCAGCCAAUCACAGGGAAUGACACUGGUAUCUACACCUGCACCAUCCAAAACCUGUUCAGCACCAGAACCAGUUCUCCUGUGCAUUUGUAUGUAAUAGUGCCGGUCUCUGGGGUUAGCCUGACCAGUAACACAUCAGAUUCGCUGGUCUGGCCAGGAUUUGAUACAGUUUUGCUGCUCUGUUCAGCUGGUGGUACAAAUGUCAGCUUCUCCUGGAGCCUACAGGGGGCACCACUGCCUCAGGACGCCCGGUACCAUCUCACCAAGAAUAACUCAACCCUCAUUAUCAGCCCUGUCUCAGCCAAUGACAACGGAUCCUUCACCUGCACAGCUUCAAACUCAGUAAGCAGCAGUACCAGCAAUGGUGUGACGCUCAACGUGGCCUCACCAGUCUCUGCGGUGAUGCUGAGCAGUAACACAUCAGGAUUGCUCUGGGUGGAAGAUGAUUCUGUGUCUCUGCAUUGCUCUGCUCAAGGCUCAGCCAUCACAUUCUCCUGGACUCUGAAUGGAGAACUAUUGGAUGGGACCCAGCAUCCAUCAUAUACCAUUACACAGGGAAGCUCCACUCCUCACUCCAAUCUCACCAUCAGCCCAGUCUCCAGGAAGGAUAAUGGACCUUUCAUUUGCACAGGAUCUAACUUGGCAAACAAUGAGACCAGUCAUGCACUGAGCUUGGACUUGGCUUGGCGCCCAGAAGGACACAUUCUUUGUAUUCCACCACCAUAUAAUCAAAGUCUCCAAUUUACCUGCUCCUGGCCGGGUGGACAUCCUGCUGCUAAUGUAUCCAUGACAUACAAUAAUGGAACAGAGACCAGUUAUAACCAAGUGAGCAAGAAUGUGACUUUAGAAAAUAACGUUGAAGGAUCAAAUCUGACUUGCGUCGGGGAUCAGCUGGGGAGAACCUCAAGCUGUAUAUUGCCAUUUGAGUCUCCACAGUCUGCAGAACAUAACAAUACUGCAAUCACUACAGUGCCUGAGGGACAAACUGCAGUACUGACCAUGAGUCUAACAGCUGGACCCCAGUACCGAGCCAAUGCUCCCACAUACCAGGUCCUCCCUGCUGAGUUCUCCUGGUACUUUCCAAAUCACACACUUAUACAUAAUGGAAGUAAAGUCAGAGUGAUCUCUAAUGACAACACAUCCAGUCUCCAUAUCUCAAAUGUGACUAUAGGAGAAAAUGGAAAAUAUAAAUGCACAGCUUUCAAUGUUAUUGGAAGUACCACCUUCAACUUUACACUCCAUGUGACAGCAAAUGCUGCUCCUGGUGGACUGAAUGGCGGUGAGAUAGCUAGUAUCGUGAUCGGCGUGCUCGCUGGCGUGACUAUCAUUGGAAUCAUUGUGUUUUUCAUAGUAAAGAAAAAUGUACCCAAGAUUCCUCUUUAUGAGAAUACAAAUAUGCCACCUGGACACAUUUAUGAAAAUACUUACAGAGGAGCAAAGAUGGAGAGAACAAAUUCUGCAAAUCAAAAUCCACAUUAUGAGACUGUAAUACGCACAGACGGAAACAUAUACAGCAACGUCAUAAAUGUUCCCUUGAAAUAAAAAUGGCACCAGUAUGUAUCUAACAUAUUUUCUUGUUACUUUUUGGGAACCUUAUUAGCUCUCCACAAUACCCCUGGAUGGAAGCUCUUGUUUUGAAGUCAGAGCUAAUUAUCCAGAGAAUAAACUAUAUACUGUACACCUUGUGUAGAGUUGGCAACUUCAUAAACUGUGUUCAUCAAAAUGUGUUACUGACAACUUUUAAAAACAGACAGCGAGGCAAUAUCUGCUGUGAUGGAUUACAGUACUGCAUGUGAAAGGAGAGUUCCAAAGAUUUUAUGGGUAAACAACAAUAUUCAAAGCAGCCUAGUGCAUUCCCCUAAUAAAAAUCUGCUGGAUUAAUUAUUGUGGCUUUCCCUAGAAAUCUAUGGAACUCAUAUUUAUAUACUCUAAGGGGGGAUUCCAUUAGACCCAUUAAUUUAACAAGUGUGGAAAAUGGUGGUAGCCUCAAGCUUUAACUCCUGCGGCUAUUCAAUUAAGUACCGUGGCUAAAUGAAUUCUCCCCGAAGCCACCACAACAGAUAUUGCCUCAGCAAGUGCUUUGGAUCCACACCUGUAUUUUCUUCUGAUAACCUUUGUUGCAUGUGGUCUUGAAUCAUCCAUUUGUUUGGCGCCCAGCAUCUGCAACACUCUGGUAAACAAUGUGAUGCCUGCUCCUGGACAGAUCUGCACAGGCUGCCGUGAAAAGGCCACUACUAAUCCAAACAUUUUCACUGUGCCACGUCAUUUGUUAAAGAAGUUUCCUUACAUCAGACUUAAAAAUACCAAUGAUUUGGAGAGACUCACUCUGCUAGGGAGAUCAUCUACUGUAUAAUUCAGAGGCCUUAUUAAAUAUGAGUGAUAUUUGCACUGUUUUAUACCUAUGGUUUUAUUUUUAUGCAUAUGACCAUACUCUAUAGAUAAUCUAUGUAUAUGUAUGGUCUCCUAUAUGGAACUCA